AUGAAUGUGACUAGUAACGCCUACUACUCUCCACAAUACCUAGAUAAGCAGAAGCGAUCCACUCGAAGUCAAUACAGUGGAGAACCCGAAGGCUCUGUCAAAAGUUCCACUCGAGUUUCCAAAGCUCCUGUGCUCAAUAGAGCCAAUUCUACUCCUCUUUCUGUAGUGCAAUCUACAAUUGCGGCAGACGAUUCCAUAGAAUCUGAUCUUGAAGAUGAAGAAAGCUAUGAUCCAGACGCAUUGGUACAUGAAAUCACACCGGCUCAGCUCAUCAUACAACAACUGAAUACAGUAACUCCUCACAGAGUUGAGAGAAGAGGUGCUUACAAACCUCGAGAACAAACCCCUGAGAUUAAAGGCUAUGAUGGGUACUACAUAAACCAGAAGAAAAGAUAUGAAGAGUCUCCCUAUAAGCCCAAAUUGUACACACACAAGACAUUUCGUGAUGUGUUUAACGAUAAGGAGGAAAGUACAGAUAAGUACAACCCUAUGGAAUUUGUAUUUCCAGAAGGAGAGAAGAAGAGCAAAUUUGCCAAGAACGUACAAUUUGUUCUAGGAAAGGACAACUAUGACGAAUAUAAUUAUUACGACCACAACAAGGGAGAAAAGAAGAAAAAGAGGAAGAAGAAAAUCAAUGAACCGACUGAAGUUUUUGUUAAAGAACUUAGCGAUGACGACGAAGAAGAUUAUACUGAAAAUGGCCCUAAAAUAUAUUUAACUGAGGAAGAACAGCAGAAAGCUAAAAAGAACAGGAAAUUCACUAAGGUGUUCAAGUCUAAAAUGAAGAGAGCUAGAAAGGAAUUGGGCAAAGAUUUUGUGAACAAUGCGAUAAAGCAGCAGGAACUUGAGCUGAGACGAAAGGAAGAGAAACUGGAAAAGAAAAGAGCUGAAGAAGAAGACAAACAAAUAGCUUUGAAGGAAGAGGCCGAGAGAAUACGUGCAUUAGAAGAAGAGCAAAGGAGAAUAGGUCAAAAUCCAGAGUUUCAUCCAAUUUGGAAUUAUAUAUUGUCGUGGUUGGUAUACGAUGCUUCAAUAUCCAAGACACCAGCUGCUGACGAAGAACCUGUGGAGAACAAAGAACAGCAGGAAACAUCUAAGUCCAAGAAGUUAAUUAUUUCCUCUAAGAAUUUUAAGAACAUAAAGAAGAACUACCUCAACUUGGUGCACAAAUGGAACGAACCUGUCUCACAUGUUUUUAACGAGCCUCCUCCUCCAUACCCAACGUCUCGAUCCAUAAAAGCAAAAACGCUAAGGUCCUUCGAAUCUUCAGCUUUUGAUGAAGGUGAUGGUGACUCAAAAGAGUUCGUUAUUGAAUACGACGACGAUGGAACUGAAAUCACACAAGAGUUAUACUACAAUCCUGUAACCAAACAGCUCGAAGCCACACCACCAACGUCAUAUUCGUCAUUGGACCCUUCAGCCAAAUCUGUAAGCUCCUCUAUGAUGGGCUAUGGCAUUGAUACUACAGGAAGCGCUGUAGCCAUUAUCUCCAACAUCAAUGCUUUGAUCAAGAGCAUCAAGAUAAUGAAAAUCCUUUUCGCACCCAUCGAUGUAGUCUCAGAAUAUUUCCCCAAUCUCCAGACGAUUGUCAUCUUGGUGGAGUUGGUGAUUUUUGUGUGGAUCUUGUACGAAGUCAGCCUCUUAAUCGAUGCCUUAUGUAUGAUGGUCAAGGCUGUAUGUGCGCCCAUGAUAGCUAUGGGAAGGUUUAUGAACAGAAUAAUGUAA